UUGGACCGAGUAUCUGCUUGUUCACCGUUGCAACGUGAUGGACACCAAAACACUCUAACGGUGUUAUCCACAAACCAGAGGGACUGUGUUUGGUUUGUAAAGGGCAGCCCGCAGACUGAAGGUUUCUUUCAAAGUUACAGUACAUGGUUAAUAUCAUGUAAAAACUUGAGGGUAUUAUUUAAAAACGAAAGAGACGUGGCCGUUAAAUAGGAACGCUGUUGUGAGACUGUAAACUGAGUUCCAGUGCACUGUGGCGGCAAACAGCACCAUGAGCGUCCCGCUUUUUGCACCAACUCCGAUCCAGCCGGCUCAUCCGACUCCCUUCUACAUCGAGGACAUUCUGGGGACGACUGCCUCUACUACCUACUCUCCCUCCUCUUCUUCAUCCUCCGCUUCUUCAUCCUCCUCCUGCUCCACGCUGAUUAUCCCAACACCGACUCUUGCAUCGCCCAAUUCUUCGUUCACGAGUGUAAUCUCACCGUACCGGGCGCCGAUUUAUGAACCCACGCCGAUCCACGCGGCGCUGUCUCACCAUGCAGCUGCAAUGUUGACAACGACGUACGCCUCCGCCGGGGCUUUCGCUGGCCCCAUCUACCCCUUCCACCACCAGCACAACCGCUCCAUGGGGGAGUACGCACAGGCUCUGCUGAGGCGCGACCCGCUCGGGAAGCCGCUGUUAUGGGCUCCCUUCAUGCAGCGGCCGCUGCACAAGAGAAAAGGCGGCCAGGUCCGGUUUUCUAACGACCAGACCAUUGAGCUGGAGAAGAAGUUUGAGACGCAAAAGUACCUCUCUCCUCCAGAGAGGAAGCGGUUGGCAAAGAUGCUGCAGCUCAGCGAGAGACAGGUUAAAACCUGGUUCCAAAAUCGACGUGCGAAGUGGCGAAGACUGAAACAGGAGAAUCCUCAGGGAGGUAAGAGGGAGCUGGAGAAUGACAGUCCAGCUGGGAGGAGUAAUAAAGGUGAUGAGAUGAUCGAGGUGACCGUGAUGCAGAGCCCGGAACAGAAGCAGACAGUCUAUGUGCGCUCUGUGUCCCCGCAACAUCUGCACACAGCAAUGGACUCUAACGUGACAUCAGACGACACUGACCAGGAGCUAGACAUAGUGGAUGACGAAGAAUACACACGGAAACUGCAGUUCUGAAGUGAAUCAUCAACAAUGACACUGGAUCCAAUGGACAUUUAGAGCUGGAUGAUGAAGGCCAGCGGAAUCUUCUCACAACUGACUCUGGUCACGCAUCUCCAUUCAGACAGCUUGACAAAAUUGUUACUAGUGUAAUAUUUAGGUAACGUUUACAUCACUUAAUCCUCCCAUGACGCGUCUUUUUGUAUUUAAAACAUAUUCGUUUUGAUUGUCACUUUGUUAUAUUGACCACUGUAAAUGACUUGUACUGUAUGUUGUUUAAAAUGAGAAACAUUCUUAAUUUAAGCUGUUGCCUUAAAAUAUGAUAUAUGAAAUCAAUACAUACCAAAUAAUUAUGUGGUUAAUUGCUUUUAAUAAUAACACACACAUUUUCUGAUAAGAAUAAUUUUGUCAAACUCAGCUAGAAUUUCAUUGCGAUUUAGUAAUUAGUAUUUUCCAAAUUGCUACAGGAAAAAGAAAAUCAAUAAAUUACGACAUUUUGGCAAAAAACUGAAAUAUAAAUGAAUUUAAACAAGUUAAUAAAUCAAAAUAUAUAGCCUAUAGUAUUUAAACAUAUCAAGACAAGUUUGGCCUUUAUCGUACAUGGCCAUUAAAUAGUCAUAAUUUGAACGAGCAAAAUAUUGAGUUCACAAGGGGAACAUUCUUUUUAAGAAUGUGUUGUAUAUUCCCAGGCUACUUGUUAAACAAAUCAUAUGGUCUGCGGCCAAUCAUGUUAAUCGGAUUAAAACCCAAUUAAUAUGCUACCUAUGUAGCUAUGAUUGGCCUCUCUCACAUGAGAUAGAUCUAAUAUUAUUUGUAGAUUGUAGUUUUUUAUCUUGUGACUUAAUUAUACACAAAGAUGAAUCAUUUGACUUAUAGUUGGAAUUAAGUGAAAUUAUUUCCCAUGUUAGGUGAUUCCUUUUUUCUUUCCACUGGUUUAAUCGGACCCUGUUGGUAGUCUGGAAUGUUUCAUCUACUUAACUAAUAAUCCAGUUUUAUGUACUACAAUUAGGGUUGCAAAGGAGUGGAAAGUGGAGGCAUUUCACCCCAUCCAAUGUAGAAGGAAAGGCUGUGUACAUUUGCAAAUACUGUGCAAAGACCUAUGUUAAGAAUGACACAACGAUGCAGAAGCAUAUAGUCAAGUGCCCAAAGUUUCCUCAGGGCUCAAAUAAGCCUAAGACAAAACAAAAUGUUUAUAUUUAUGUCUGUAUAUGACAAGGUAAAAACAGUUACAAAACAGUAUAAAUUAUCCACAACAUUUCCAGUUUAUUCCCGUUAAUUCCCAUAUAUUCCCGUUUAUUCCCGUUAAUUCCAGUAUAUUCCCGUUAAUUCCCAUGGAAAGUUUCCAACUUUGAAUAUUCCCGGAAUUUUGCAACCCUAACUACAAUAAUAUAAUUUUUUGGAGGGAUUUUUGAGUAAAUGGUAAAUGGUCUAUAUCUAGCGCUGUUCUAGUCUGGCUCACCACUGAAAGCGCUUUACUGUUAAGUGUUUUCCAUUCACCCUCUUUAACUAAUUAUUUCAUCAUUCAUUCAGUGCAGGACUUUCUCUAUGAGAAUUGGGAAUUUGAUGCUCAGUAUCUUUCCCAAGGAAAAAUAUAGGGAAGACUGCGCUACCCUCCUAUGGUUUAGUUUACAAAAGCAAGAAAAACUAUAAGAAAAGGUAUGAUGGAGAGGAGGUAAUUAGAUCUUUUACGUAGACAAAACAUAUAUUGAAUAAUUGCAACCAAGAAUAACACAAAAAACUUUACUUAUUAUUUGCAAACUAAUACAUAAAAUAAAUGCAGUUAUUCACUAUAUGAUACCUUCACAAUAUAUUAUAUGAUUUAUGGUUUCGGAUAAGCCUAACGUCAUUGAUGCAUCAAUAAUUGUAUGUAUACCUGGUCAAGUUAACUGCUUAAUUAGCUACUUGGUUAAACCUAUAUCUGCAUUAAAUUGUAAAAAUUAAUUAAUUGUUUUGGGUGAAUUUUUCAAACUCGAAAGAAAUCACAAUUGAUGCACAGGCCUGGAAAUUGUUGUUAUAUGUUUAAUUUAUUUCAAGCUGCCCUCUGGACGUGAGGGUCCUACCGUAGCUGUGUAUAACCUGAACCGAAGAUUCUGGCUGGUGAAGAAAACUCUGGUUGCGCCUAUGUGCACCAGUCCUUUAUUGUAACAAUUUCAAAUAACCAUACAUUUUUUAUGAUAAUGUGCACAGUAUGAUGCAAAUUUGUUUUAGCUUUCAUAAAAAAAAAAUACACUCCGGAAGCCACCUGACCUCAGAAAACAAGAAACUGUGAGUGUGACAAAGUUUAUAUCACUGAAUGUAAAAUCUGCUGUUGAAACAUAUGUUGCUGGAUACAUAAGUUUCCCACAUAAAGAUGCAGACCCUCA